AUGUCCAAUAGCAAUAGCAACAGCAUCGAACGAACGCGACAAGACAUGUCAUCGUCGCCCAUUCAACCAUCCGCAAGACUUCAUCAGAAUGCAUCAGUCGGCAAGGAAAAUUGCGUCAAAAAGUACGAUGACCGCUUGCAACCAUCACAGCGAUUCUUGUUGAAGAAUACUAAUAGCACCGAUGCAAAGAGUCUUUCCAGCAAAUCAAUGCUGAGUGGACAAUUGGGCCAAAAACGACGUCUAUCGGACAUUACUACUAGCAGUGCCAUGGUUCCACAACAAACCACCACAACAACAACAACAACUCAAGGUGCUGUCAGAACCGACUUUUACCGGGACAGCUCGCCUGUUCCCUUGCACAUUCAAGAUGACUAUUCGCGUCACAUGGAGGAAGAACGUCGCCGCCACUGUUCCGAUCCAGUGGCUGCCUUUUUGAAUCGUCAGUUCCAUGAUGAAGAUCAUCAUUAUCAAGACAAUAAGUUGAUGGUGCCAUUGCAAGUUUGGGGAAACCGCAACCACAAUUGGCAAGUCUCGGCUAUCAACCAACAGAUACUGCGGCCAAAGCCCGUUCGGCCCACUGCUAUGCUUCCAUGA